GGGGGGCAAGCUUACCUUCUUAGCCUUCUCUUUGCUCCUUGUCACGAGUCAGCGAGUGCCUCGCAUGGAUCAUUCGUCGUGUCUUCGGUGAAUGUCCGUCUGAACCAUACCGUAUAAUUAUUAUUACGUUAUACUAAAUAUCCUUCGAGUUGUGUUUAAUAAUUUUUUAAAAUUUAAACCUACGAAUUUACAUAAUCGAUCCUUGUGAGGAUUUUUUUGUUAUUGUUUAGUUAUUUAUUUUCUUAAUAAAUUUUAAAAAUUUUAAGUGAAGAAGAAUAAAAAUAGAAGAGCCGGCGAAGAUCGGUGUGACAGGUAGACUGCGAAAGUGAGUAAGAAAGAGAAAGAGAGAAAGUUGUUAAUGUUGAGAAGAGUCUGGAACUUUAAAAAAAAGUGGUGGUCAGCUAAUAGAAAAAAUAAAAUAAAAUAUUUAAAAACAGGGGAAUUUUAAAAGGAGAGAUACAACUUUACUAAACUCUAAAGCUGCCUUACACGUUAUUACAUUAUAAAUAUCAGUCUCGUUAAAUCAUUUAAUUAAAAAAGUGUACAGUUUAAUUAAUAGUAUAAUUAACUUUGAUUUACUGAUACUUUUUAUAAUUGAGUUCGCGCGCUUUUUUUUUUUAUUCUAAUUAAAAAAAAAAAAAAAUAGUGACGUAAGUGCGGAGUUUUGUCAGUGAAUAAAAUAAUAUUUAACAAGAUGUCGAUGAAAAAUGAUAAGCUACCGUGUGCACGUUUUUGCCACAUAGUAAAGUGGGAUGAUUUUGAUGGAUAUGGUUUUAAUCUUCACGCAGAGCGCGGCAAGGAGGGCCAAUUUAUUGGCAAAGUUGAUGAUGGGUCACCAAGUCAAGCUGCGGGAUUACGUCAAGGUGAUCGAAUUAUCGAAGUUAACGAAAUAAAUAUUAACAAUGAGACCCACAAACAAGUCGUUGAUCGUAUUAAAGCUUUUCCGAAUGAAACGAAAUUACUUGUUGUGGAUCAAGAGGCUGAUGAAUAUUACAAGGCCAACAACAUUAUUAUCAAGGGCACGAUGUCGGGCAUCAAGGUAAUCAAGACGCCCGAGAAGAAUCCAGCAAGUAUAGAACACGAGAGUCCUGAUGGAAGUAUUAGUUCUCUAAACGAUAAUAAACAUAAAUCAAAUAAAAAUAAUUCAAAUGAUACGAAUUCAAAUAGCGGCAGUACGGCCGCGUCAACGAAUGAAAAUAAUUCAAAAGAUGAGAAAAUAAACAAUAAUCAACAGCGAGAAAAUGGACGCAGUGAUAUUGAUAAUAACAAUGAUAAUUUAAUUACAAGUGAAACUGGAAGUGAUGCAACAGAACAGCACCUAAGCACGGGGAACGGAAAUGUAUCAGCGACUAAAGAAAGUCUUAAUCUCAAAAUGAGUGCCAAGGAAUUACGCGCUAAAUUGGCGGCACGUAAAAAAUAUGAUCCGAAAAAAGAAACACUUGGAUUCAAAGAUAAAUUUGAUAUUGUACAAAAAUUGUAGUAUUAAACUACACAUUUUGUUGUCUUCGUCGUAAGCAAAUAUAAUACAGAUAAAGUUGAAAAUUAAAAAAAAAAUUUUUUAGUGUAAUCAAUGAAAUUAAUGUUGUUUUAAUUUUCAUUUGUAAAUUAAUAAAUAUUCUUGUUUCGAUUAAAAUUAAAUGUUUGAAUAAAUUCUCAUGUAAUAUAGA